AUGACUACCAACACUCAACGGCCUCUCCUUCAUGCAUUAGAAAGUAUGUUGUACUCUCAAGAUUGCUGCCGGCCGUGGAACUAUGCCUGGGUUAAGCAAUAUCAGCGCUUUCGAGCACAGAAAUCUUGCGGUUUUUUCCAGAUAGGACUCUGGGGUAUCGAUAAAGUGAUCUAUUGCAUGGAUUUGGUGGGGUCCAAUGAUGUGUGCGUGGUCGGUUGUCCUUCGUGUCUCUUCCCGCAAGUACUGAUUUCCCGUUUUCCAGAUUUGGGCCCAUCACCCGUCCUGGUAGGUAAACCACCCCCCCCACCCCAUGAAAAGACCGAGAACUUUCGUUGCGCUGGUUCGCUGUUUCAUUUCCAUCCUUCGGCUAAAGCUUGCUACGACUUCGUGGCUCGGCAUGGUUUCCUACACAGAGGGCUACGACUACCAUCAGAUGUCGACGUCAAGACUCACCUCGGUCGCAAGUCUAUCAAGUCAAGGAGGAAGCAACGCUUUUUCUCCGUGACCGAGGUGGUCUCUUCUCUUCCUUCAUUGCAAUGUUCUAUUACUGUUGACCGACAACGAUGUUUACAGCUACUCCCUUCUCUCUCUGUCAGGGAAGCCGAUCAGGUUCGGCUCUGGGUGAAAGUGAUGGUUUUGGUUUUGGUUCGUUCGUCGACGGAACUCCACCAUCGUUUGAAGCCCGUGAACGAAACCCCAUUCGAGGCUUCUUGGCUCGUCAAUCAGCUUGUUCCCGAUGAACAGACAGUCUUCCCGUCGUCAAUCUGCCUAUACCCAUCCACUUCUAUGGCUCCAUUCUGCUCUUCGCAAAGUGCUGGAUCUGCGGAGUACGGGCUCCCGCUUGGGGACUGA